CUCAGGAUGAAGCUGUGGGGGAGGUCAGCUUGGCCUUUGCAGGUGGCCCUCCUUGUUGCCGUGGUGAUGUUCUGUGGUCGCCAGGUGUCUGCUGGCAGCCGUAACCAUCGGGGACAGACAGCCUCCUACCAGGUGAAGCAGGGGACGUGUGAGGUGGUGGCCAUCCACCGCUGCUGUAAUAAGAACAAGAUUGAGGAGCGCUCUCAGACCGUCAAGUGCUCCUGUUUCCCAGGCCAGGUCGCUGGCACAACCAGAGCCAGGCCCUCCUGUGUGGAAGCCUCCAUCGUGAUUCAGAAGUGGUGGUGUCAGAUGAACCCCUGCAUGGAGGGAGAGGAAUGUAAGGUGCUCCCUGACCUCACCGGCUGGUCCUGCAACACUGGAAACAAAGUCAAAACCACCAAGGUCACACGAUAGCAAGAGAAUCACUGAGCAGCGACCAUCACCAAGUCUCUCUACCGUUAACUCCAUAUGUAAAGGAAGGACAGUACUCAUAUCUGAGACACUUAGACUGCCGACUGACGGAAGACUGGAAGUCAUCUCAUAAUACCAAGCUGUGACAAAAACUACAGAACAUAUAAAAAAAAAACACUCUCUGAUGGACCGAGACACCGAGAUACAGUGUCAAAUGUAAUGCCCAAAACUGCUAUGGACUAUAGACUUCAUAGAAACAAAGGGUGUAUACUUUUAUGGACGAUAAAGACUCCGUCUGAAUACUUUUGAGGAGCAUCUGAAGACUGUUCGCCUGUUAAUAAACAAAUGGGGAGAUCCAAAGAGGUGGUUUUGACCAGUGGCCGAGGAGGAAGUGUAAUCGAUGGCUGUUUUGACGAAGCAUUUGUGGAUGUGUUGGCACCAGAGCCGCAGACAGUGUGUCAGUGUGUGUUUCUAUGGCUCUUGGACUGGAUCCUGAACUACUCUGAUUAUAGAAUGGAGUGUCGCUGCUCUAUCAGGAGGACUGUCUAGUCAUGAGGGGAGGAAUACAUCACUCGUGAAUCGCAAAUUAUUGUCAAAUUACUCGUGGGUCAACUCAUUACCAUGGAGAUGUUUCGAUUCAUUUAACAGUUCUAAUUAGGGUUGCUAAGAAGGAUCAUAACAACAUAUAAAACAUUUAAUGUAAGAUCUUUGCACUAGUAGAAGACCGUUUUAGGAAUGUUUUGUUUUUCUAGUUAUUUCUCGUCUUUUGCUGGUGAUGUCACAUUAAAUGAAAGAGAGGAAGAUAUUUUUGAAGAGUUUUGCCUCUGAUGCUGUAGAGAUGACUCAGCCCUUCUCUCUGGUAUAGUUGCAGGUUAUUACAAGUUAUUCCAUGGCUCAGACUAAAGGUAUAGUUCCCUUUGAACAUAUUUAACUAUAUACUCCAAUUCAUUGAUAACAAGCAAGUAAUCUGGACAUCAUUUGGUCAGUCACUGACUCUAGAUCUACAGGUUACUUUCUAGUUUUCCAUAAAAGAAGGUAAAUGUGUCAUUUGUGGGAACUAAUCCUUUAAAGAGUAUUAAAUACUGCUUGUCACUAACUGUGGACUGUCCAGAAAGCCGAAAGUCGAUACCAGUGACAUCUCUUAUGUAAACUGUAAAAUAGA